AAACUGCAACAACACUCGGAUUGUAAGGGUCGACUUAUUUGCGAUCACAACGUUGUUUUAUUAUUAUAGCUUCUCAGUGAAAUAAAAUGGAAGAUUCUACAAAUGCUACACCAGCGGCUGCUACUGCCCCAGCAGUUACUACUCCAGCUAAAGCACAAAAAAAGAAAGCUGCAGCAAAACCAAAGAGCAAGAAACCAGCAAAUCAUCCUAAAUAUUGUGACAUGAUAAAGGCUGCCAUCACCAACCUCAAAGAGCGUGGUGGUUCCUCAAGACAAGCCAUCCUGAAAUACAUAAUGGCUAACUACAAUGUUGGUAAAGAUGAGAAAGUCAUCAACAGCCAUUUAAAAAUGGCCUUGAGGGCAGGUGCUAAGAAUGGUAACCUAAAACAGUCUAAAGGUGUGGGAGCUUCAGGUUCAUUCAAACUUGGAGCAAAGGAGGAGGCAAAGGCAAAAAAACCAAAAGCAGUAAAAAAGGCAGAGAAACCCAAAGCUGCCAAGCCUAAGUCUCCAGCUAAAGCUAAGAAGCCUAAAGCUAAGAAAGCCCCUACAGCUAAAAAGCCUGCAGCUGCCAAGAAGCCUAAGUCCCCAAAGAAAGCAGCAGUAAAAAAGCCCAAAGCACCUAAGCCUGCAGCAGCUGCUAAACCUAAAAAGCCUAAAACACCAAAAAAGAAAGCAGCAGCUCCAAAAAAAGCAGCAGGUGCUAAAAAGGCAGCAGCAAAGAAAGAAAAGUAAAAAACAAAAUUCAGCCUACGGUGUACCUAAUAUUUGUAAUUUUAAAGACUGAGAGAGGACUCUUUUUUUUUUUUUCACAAUUACUGGUACAGAAACUUUAUAGUGUUGUUGACAUUAUAUAUGGACUCUUGCAGUUGAAAAGAUACUUUUGUUUAUAAUGUUAGCACUAGUUACUGUGAAAAAAAAAUGUAAAUAUUUGUACAAAGAUUUUAAUCAGUAAUGCAGUUAUGCCUCUCCCUGUGGUUGACACUUUACAUUUUACUGUAACAUUCUAUUUUUUUAAAAAAUAAAGUAAAGAGAAGUCCCUUAAGUUAAUUUUUUCAAUGUUAUGUCUGGAUAUGGAGUCUUAAUAAACUCCAUGUUGACAAUCAAAUAAAUACAAUGUGAUUCAUUUUU